AUGACGGCACUACCAUCUCCUUCUGACUCUCCCAUGAGCAUUCAUAACGAUGAGGAUAUAACUGGUAUCGAAAGAGGCGACGCUGUAAGACUUGUUGACCUACGCGACUAUCCUGGGCUAGACGGCCAAACUGGUAGGAUAGUCAGAUUCGACCAAUUAUCACAGAGGUAUGAUGUGAGACUGGAUGAAACCAACGUGACGAAGCGAGUCAGAGGGCCCAACCUACGACGUCUUCUCACAGGCUGCGUCGUCGAACUGCAAGGCCUCAUCGCCGCCUAUAAACUCAAUGGUAGUAUCGGUGAAUGUAAGGACUUCGACAAGCAGCUACAGCGUUACGUUGUUCUCUUAGAUGGUGAUGUCACGAAGAAAGUUAAACCCGAGAAUGUAAAGGUGCUAACAAGCUAUCGCAACAGCCAAAUCGUCCCGACUCUACAGCAAAUACGGAGCAUAAGAGACAAUCGGGUCUCCGUUUCGUUGUCGUAUCUCGAGCAGUGGCAGUUGUGUCCGAUGCCAUGUGUGCUGUCGAGCAAACAUCUCACUAAUUGGGAGGAUAUAAAAGGAGAUCGGAGAGACAGGGAUGAAUACUUAGCCAAGAAGCUGUGUUCGGCCUCGUCUCUUCCGAAGGACUUUGUAGACUCCAACGUCUUCUACGUAUCUUAUCCUCGGACACAGCUCAAUCCGGAUCCCCUUUUUAUGCCUGAUAAUCAAGCUGAAGUCAGUCACACAUCUGAUGAUGGGUCGGCCAGUGUGGAUCCCUUCGACGAGGAUGCCCCGCUGUUGCUCGAAGAUCGAUCAUCUCAUAAGAGGAAGCGAUCCCCCGAUCGGAAAGUAGAUAGUGAUAAAAGAUCACGGACUGACGGUAGUGACAGAGGUUCGCGGGAUGAUGACCGUCACGGCACGUCGGACCGGCGGCGCUCAGCCGAGUAUGAUAGAGACACCCGACCGCUUUCGGCGGCUAUCCCAAUGUUGGCCUCCUUAGGUCGCUGGUGUGGAAAAUCUAAAGAUGUAUCUCACGAUCUGCGUCGGCGAACGUACUUCAUGCUGCCUGGACACUUGACGAAGUUCCAGUCAAUGAAGGGACCGAGAGACGCCGGUGCCAACGGACGCGUUGAAGUGCUCGCGGCCCAUGCCAUCAACAAGACGGUGUAUGUGCUCGACUCGAAGAAGGGGUUGAGAAAGUUGCCGAACAAGAGCUCUAAUGGUCUCCUAUCCGAUCGGAUUCGCCGUAUUGUUAUGCAUAAGCCGAUUGAUGGUCUAGUUGACGAGACUGAUGGGAGUGGCGAUAAAAUUCGGGAAUUUACGGAGGUCUUGGAUCCCAAUGGUGAUAUCAAGUGGGGGAAAAAGGCCCAUAAAGGGUACUCGAUAUGA